UAGCCCGGAUGAGCACAUGUAGUAAACUUCCGGUUUGAUGUGUUGAUGUUGUGAAAAGUGUGUUUUCAUAUAAAUACUGAAUAAAAAUAUAGAAAUGGAGGAGGAUGACUGCCUGAGGUUUCAAGAUAUGGGUUUAGAUGACAGAUUACUUAAGGCUAUAUCUGAGUUAAAUUGGUCUGAACCGACCCCUAUUCAAGAGAAGGCUAUACCAUUAGCAUUAGAGGGUAAAGAUGUGUUAGCUCGAGCUAGAACAGGGUCUGGUAAAACAGGGGCUUUCUGUAUCCCGAUAAUAAAUAAAAUACUUUCAGAUAAACAGACAGCAAAAGAACAGACAGUGAAAGCCGUUAUUUUGACGCCAUCAAAAGAACUGUGUAAUCAAGCCUAUAAAAAUGUUAUUGAAUUAACUCGCUGUUGCUCCCGAGAGAUUAAAUGUAUUGACGUAGCUCCGCAAGUUCCUCUUUCAUCACAAAGGCCGAUGUUAAUGGAGAAACCGGAUAUAGUUGUUGGAACACCGAGUCGUGUUCUAGCUCACAUCAAGGGAGGUAAUUUAGAUCUACAGUCAAGUCUUGAGAUGGUCGUUAUUGAUGAAGCCGAUCUGGUUUUCUCGUUUGGUUAUGAAGAUGAUAUUAAAGACUUGAUCAAACAUUUUCCGAAGAUUUACCAGGCGUUCCUGAUGUCUGCUACUCUAACAGAUGAAGUUAAAGCUUUAAAGAAAAUGGUGCUACAUAAUCCAGUUAUUUUAAAAUUAGAAGAAUCACAACUUCCUGAAACAAAUCAAUUAACGCAAUAUGUCAUCAAAUGUGAACACAGUGAUAAAUUUGCCUUGCUCUGUUCGUUAUUAAAACUUCGACUGAUUCGAGGAAAAACUAUUUUAUUUGUAAAUUCUGUUAAUAAAUGUUAUAAAGUAAAGUUAUUUUUAGAACAGUUUGGUGUUCCUACUUGUGUUUUAAAUUCAGAAUUACCAGUGAACACAAGAUGUCAUAUUGUGAGUCAGUUUAACGAUGGUUUAUACGACUAUAUUAUCGCAUCAGACGAGUCCGCCUGCUUCAACCCCAUGGGGAAAACAUCAGAUAAAACAAAAACAAAAACCAAAGGCAACAAAAAAGAUAAAGAAUACAGUGUCUCACGAGGAAUAGAUUUUCAGAAUAUUUCUAACGUUAUAAAUUUUGAAUUCCCUAAAACUGUGAAAAAUUAUAUCCAUCGAGUUGGGAGAACGGCUCGUGGUGAUAAGAAGGGAACAGCUCUAUCAUUUGUUUGUGUAAAAGAAAUGCCGUUAUUAGAGGCAGUAGAGAAAGAACUGUCGGAACAAACAGAUGGUGGUAAAGUAUUUCAACCCUAUCAGUUUAAUAUGGCCGAGAUUGAAGGAUUCAGAUACAGAGCAAAGGAUGCCAUGAUGUCUGUAACACAUCAAGCUAUACAAGAGGCCAGAUUAAAAGAAAUAAAAAGUGAAAUGCUUUCUUCUCAAAAACUCAAGUCAUAUUUUGAAGAUAAUCCUCGUGAUUUACAAGUUUUACGUCACGAUAAAGCGCUACGCACAGUUAAACAACAAGAACAUUUAAAACAUGUUCCAGAUUAUAUAGUACCGAGAAGUUUACAAGGUUAUCGUGGUUUAAGAAGACAGAAUAAUCCCAGUGUUCAUCCUUACGCCAGUACACGAUCACACGCACAGAAACGAUAUCAGAGAAUGAAAGCCGAUCCUUUGAGAAGUUUUGAAUUUACUAAAGGGAGGAAAUCAUUCAGAAAGAAAUAAAACUUUUAUAUAUCA